UACUCUCAUUUUCAGUCAGUGCGAAGAUGGUGAUCGGCAUCAAGAAGCUUUCGUUUGUUUUGUGACUUGCUAUCUUCAACAUUAUCACGCAAUGAACUUAACGCGGAAGAUAGAAAUUCUCCAAUACCUAUACUCCUAUAGUAUCUAAUACAACAAAGUGCUUUAAUUCUAAUCAAUAUUUAUUUGUACCCUUAACUCGCGGUAUCUAAACUCUACAGACUGAUAAAACAAAAAAUAACAUGGUCACUUAGAAGUUCAGUUUGAAAUACGAUAUAAUUGCAAAAGAGUGACUAUUUAAAAAGUUAGUGUAUCUGUUUUCUUCUCCAUAAUGAAAACACAAAAUAUUAUCAAAGAAAAAACUGACUAUCACGAUUGAUAAAAAUACUAUCGAUAUUUUACCAAUAUUUAACCAGGGGCUUCAAGAACUAUGAUCUGCUUCUAUUUCGCAUUUAGUUAUUGACGGGCAAACAGUGAGAAUAAAUAAUUUAUUCGAAACGCUCCAGAAAAAUACUCGCACAUUUGCAUUUCAAUUCUAUAGAAGCAAACUGUUCUAAAUAUACAAAAUAGAAUCAUAUCAUCAUGACGACAGAUACAUGUGGUAUUGCUGAUGUAACGAUGGCAGCGGCGGCGACCAUGGAUAAUGUUCCAAGUUAUUCACCACCUAGUUUCGGUCAAUUUGUGGCGCUUUCUGUCAAUAUUGUGGUUCAGAUUUUUAUCAGUUUUGUAGCUGUUUAUAUGAGCUAUAUGUGUUUUAAGUUAAAGCUCAAAAAGACUGCCUUCCAUGCUUGGUUUUGUUCGAUUGGUUAUUGUUGUUUAAUGGCCGAAGGAAUGAUGACAUUUUAUGAAGGAAAUGCCCUAAUGCAUCCUUUUGACAAUUACACAAAGACUACAAUUCAUUUGGUUCUAUCAGCUGCCGGUGGACUGAUGGGAAUGAUUGGAAGUUUGCAGAAAUUCCUUGAAGUCAAAAAACAUUUCUACACAUUCCAUGGGAAAAUUGGUCUCUUUGCAACAUGUCUAUGUAUCUUCAGUUUUACUUCUGGAAUUGCUUCCUUAUACAUCGAAGAUAAGAAAAAAGUUGUACAUACAAUAAUAAGUUUGAUUGUAUUUUCUGCUGGCAUGUGCGCACAAUAUACAGGAUAUGAAACUAGCUUCUUUAAGAGGAAAGUCGAUCCCGAAAUGAAAUUAUUAUUUAAAUAUUUAGUGAUAGUUAUUGUUGUACUUUCUUGCAUUUCACCAGUUAAAGGCAUGCUGAUAUUUUUCGCCGGAAAAAUUUUUUCGUAGAAAAAUUUGAAACAAAAGUACAAUAAAUAGUACUCAAAGAUAUAGCCAAAGAUAAUGUAAAAACAAAAUAUAAAUAACUAUUUUUAAUGAAACAAUUUGUAAGAAAUCAAUUUAAUUUAAUUUAAUAUUUUAUGUUAUUGAAAUGAUGUAAGCCAAGGCCAUUAACUUUUUUCAAUUAUCUACACUUGUGCUGUAGCUAUUUUGCAAUUUAACUUAUUCAAUUCAAUGGUUAAUUAAGCUCAGGAAAUUAAUUUUAAGAAAAAUACAUACAAAGUGUAAAUAAUUUAAGAUUUUAUAAUAAAAAGUAAAAUUCCUAAGGUCUUAAGGUACAUGUUAUUUAAAUUUAAAUUUAAAAAAAAAUAUGAAAUAAUAUAAUUUACGCAAUUUGGCUAUACAUUACCAAUCUACUCAAUGUAAAAACAAUUAAAAGGAAAACCCUAAAAAACGUUCUUAAAAUGUAUUAUUGCUCAAUCUUAGGUGUAAGGAAUUUCGUAGUUGUUUAAACAACGUUUUGAAUAAGAAAAACUAUUCAGGUUAAGUAUUGUUCUUGAAUAUGUAUGUGAAGUAGGUUCCUUUGAAGUUCAUUUUAUUUACGAUAUAGAAAGACACUAUAUAGACUAUGGGCCCUGCCUAUAAUCAAAUUUAAAACACACUUAAAUAUUUAACUGAUUUCUACAUUUUUCACCAUACCAAAAACGA